CUCGUGCGCCCUGCAUGAACGGAGCGGGCCGUUGCCGAAGUUCGACCGGGCCAUGGCUCUGAUUUUCCGGCCAAGGCCCCACUGACCCCCGGCUCCCCUGCCGUCUUGGCAAACAGGGCAUGUCAAUUUCCACCUCGUCCUCACCUCAUCCUUCCUCCUUACAAAGCAUAACCUCUACUUAUUCUCUCUCUUACAGUCCCGAACUCCGAAUUGUGAAACCCCACGAGCCUGGUUUUGUUCGCUCAUUUUUCAUCCACGUCUAGGGACUUUGAUACCCUAGAACAAGACAAAACAAAACGGGGCCCGCCCAAGAUGCCCAGUAACGAAGAAAUCCCCCCGGCCCAAAAGGCCCGCACCAUCGCGCACAUGAACAAAGACCACCGGCGCAACAUGCGCCACAUCCUACAGCACUUCGGCUCCGUCCCGCCUGCGCCUUCCCUGCCGGCGGAGGAUGAGCAGGACGCCCCAGACUCGGACUCGGACCCCCUGAUGGUCGACAUCGCCCUCACCCACUUCACCGUCUCCCUCCCACACUUCAACAACGCCGCCACUGAGUACUGCAUCGCCUUCAACCCGCCCCUGGCAAGCUGGGACGAGCGCCGGCCGCGGCUGGUGGAGAUGACGCGGGCUGCGUGCGCGGCGCUGGGGAUCCAGGACCCUGAAUCUCCCGGGUCUGAGGCGAAGAGUGGUGGUGGUGGUGAUGGUGGGAGGAAGGCGGUGGUGGUGGUGGUGAACGAGUACAUGCCGCCUCGCAUCCCCGUCGACAUAACCAUCUUUUCCUCCGUCCUCUUCUAUUACGCCUGCUUUAUCGCCGUGCAGCUCGGCUAUUUCGCGCCCGGGACGCCGGCGUCGCGGAUCGUGGAGGAGGUGGUGCGGUUUCCGUACGGGCCGGCCGGGUUCACGUGGCUUGUCAGGGCCAUCUUCGUGCCGGUGCUGGCGAUCCAUGUGGCGGAGACGUGGUGGCUUGAGCGGAGCCGGCUGAGGAGGUUUGGGGUCAGGAGGGGGAGGAAGGUGUGGUGGCUUUGGAUGGGGAGUGUCUUUAUUGAGGGCGGGAUGGCUUCACUCCGGCCGAGAGCCAACAUGGCACGGCCUCCAAAGAAGAAACAGAACCCAGUCCACGCGGCCAUCAGCUCAUGGCUAGACACCCUCCCACUUCCGCUCUUGGAAUCCCUUGCCAACCAGCUCAACACCGACCCCGCCGAUGCCAAGAAGUUCCUGGUCGAGCGCGCGCCAAAGCGCUGGGUCGUCUAUGAGCCCAUGGUUCUCCUCCCCAGCGGUAGCUUCACAUCCCAUCCCUGGCCGGCCCUCCUAGAAUGUGCGACGCCAUCCCAGAAGGAAGCCCUGUGGAUAGGCAUCCUCCAGCACCUUUCCCGCGGCAACUCCAAACCAGCGCUGACCCACCUGGCCAUCAACGAGGGCAUCCCUUUGCACCUCAACAACGUCACACCCUCCCAGUCAGCAUGCGAGCCAGCACAACGACGGACAGAACAAGAUACAGAAAACCUCCUCCGCGCCCCGACAGCGCUACAACCCCUCCACGGCUCCUUCGGCCCCGACCCUCCUACCACCACCACUUCCUCCUCCUCCUCCCGCCCAACCCAAGAAGACUUCCGCUCCGCUCUCUGGGUAUCCACAACCCAGAACGGGAUCGUCCAGACCUGGGUACCGCGGCACACCAUGUUCAGCCGGGGCAACAUCAAGGAGAAGGCCCGUCUCUUGUCCUUCCACCACCACCACCAACACUCCCCCUCCUCCCCUUCUCCUCCUCCUCCUUCUCCUUCGCCUUCGUCCAGCAGUUCCCCUGCUGCACGGCGAGCGCGAAAAGGAGGCGAAAAAGACGCACUGCGCGGCAAAUGGGCGGUGGACCUCUACGCGGGGAUAGGCUACUUCGCCUUCUCGUACGCCCGGCUCGGGAUGCGGGUGCUGUGCUGGGAGCUGAAUCCGUGGAGCGUCGAGGGGCUGAGGCGGGGCGCCGAGGCGAACGGGUUCUCGGUUCGAGUCGUUGCUCCGCCGCCGCCGCAGUCUGGAACUGAGUGGGAAGGAGGAGGAGGAAGAGGAGGAGGAGGAGAAAGUGAGGUGGAUGAUCUGGCUGAGGUGCUUGGGGGAGGGAGCCAGAUUGUGGUGUUCUUGGAAGAUAACCGGCACGCGGCCGGGAGGGUGCGGGAGGCGAGGGAGAGGAUUGUUGGACCUGCGCGGCUGGAGGUGGUGCAUGUCAAUUGUGGCUUCUUGCCGAGUAGCCAGGGCGUGUGGAGGGAUGCCUGGGAGAUCAUGCAAACAGGGGGUUGCGGUGCUGGGUGGCUGCAUCUGCACGAGAACGUUGGGGUGGGCGAUAUAGAGGGGAGGAGGGAGCAGAUCCAGGCGCUGUUUGAUCGGUGGAAGAGGGAGGGCGGUGAUGGCGGCGCAGGAGAUGCCAAGGUAGAACAUGUCGAAUUGGUCAAGACGUACGCGCCGGGGGUAUGGCACUGCGUCUUUGACGUCUUUAUUAAAAAGGACUAG